AAAAAAAUACAGAUCCUCAUGCCGCCGUCUGCCUCAACUAUCGACAACCCCCGACCCGGACCAGGAAUUGACCACUAAGGAUCACUAACGAUUAGAAACUACCAUGGCCAAGAGGAAACGAGAAGCAGCUGCUGAGGGCGAACAUGCCGAGGCCAAGACGUCGACGAAGAAGGCGAAAGGAGCGUCCAAAGUACCAAAGUCGGCUGCCUUCAAGCUCAGCGACGGUCACCCCGUAACAAUCCAGAUCAUUGCAGGGUCCUACGACCGAGUACUUCAUGGUAUCACGGCGACCGUUAAGCAAACCUCCAUUUCCGCUGUCUCGAAGUCUACGUCAGAACCACAAUCCAAGCCUGAAGACAACAGCUCCUCCUCGCAACACGCCGAGUUUGCCGACACGUUCCUCUUCAACGCGCACAACUCGGCCAUCCGCUGCCUCGCCCUAUCCCCGCCGUCUGCACCGACACCAGGGCAAUCCCAGAAAAUUCUGCUUGCAACCGGCAGCACGGACGAGCGCAUCAACAUCUACAACCUCUCGGCCCACCCGCCAUCCACCCGCGCCGCAGACGACCAGAAACUCCUCUCCUCCCUCGCACCCCGCCCGAUCCUCGAGAACCCCAAGAACCGCGAACUGGGAACCCUCCUCCACCACUCCUCCAAUAUCACCCGGCUCGUGUUCCCCAACCGCUCCAAGCUGCUCUCCGCGGCCGAGGACUCGACCAUCGCCGUCACGCGCACCCGCGACUGGACGCUCCUGCACACGUUCAAGUCGCCCAUCCCCAAAAUGCAGGGCCGGCCGAGCGGGGACACGGCCGCGCAGGGGGCGGCGCCGAGCGGAGUGAACGACUUUGCGGUGCACCCCAGCAACAAGAUCAUGAUCAGCGUCAGCAAGGGGGAGCGGUGCAUGCGGCUGUGGAACUUGGAGACGGGCAAGAAGAGCAGGGUGCUGAAUUUCGACAGGGCCGUGUUGGCCGAGAUCGGAGAGGGGAGGCACUCGACAGGCGAGGCAAGGCGGAUUGUAUGGGGCAGUUCGAGGGGCGGGGAGGACGAGUUUGCGGUCGGGUUUGACCGCGAUGUGCUGGUGUUCGGGAUGGACUGUGUGCCUAGGUGUCGGCUGAUGAGGGAUACGAGGACGAAGCUGCAUGAGUUCUGCUACGUUGAGACGGAUCAAGACAAGGAGGAGUCGCUGCUGGCGGUAUCGACUGAGGAUGGGCGGCUGCUGUUUUUCUCAACCGCAAAGGAGGACUUGGGGGAGCCGCUCAAGGAUAAGAUGCUGCCGGUUGCUAAGCUGGUUGCACAGCUAGGCGGGAAAGAAGCAGGCGUUUCCGGGAGGAUCAAAGACUUCACCAUCUUGCUAGUGGAGGACGAAGGCGGGAAGAAAGCGUUUUUCGUCGUUACGGCGGGCAGUGAUGGUCGGAUCCGACUUUGGCACCUGGUUAAGGACGACCUGAGCGUCGAUAACAGCACGGCGAAACAGGUCGGCAAGCUCCUCGGGACAUACGAGACACAGAACAGAAUCACUUGUGUGGAGGCGUUCGUCAUGAUACCCCGGCCCCAAGGGGCCGAGGAGAGCGAGUUUGAAUAUGAGUCGGGGGAAGAAGGGUCGGAGGACAGCGACGAUGAGUGAAAAACCAUAGGUAGCAUUGGUGCCUUGUAAAUAAUCGUGCUACCAGAUAAAGUUGGCAUGGAAGGGCUCUCUCGUUGCCCGAGUCUAUUGUGAGCCCCAACCUUUCACAUGCGAUCCUACACCAGAUCGUACACCACCUCGCCGUCAUUAUAAGGUGACGUCAACUGAUUAUCAGCGUGGCCCUUCACCACCUGGAUGAUAUGGUUUCCAGUGCAGAUGGACCACUGUGCAACCUCAGCCACGGUCUCCGGAUUGACGACGCAGGCGUUCCCGCAGGUCGAAAAGCAGGAAUAGUAAUCGCCAAGCGCUGCACUCAACCACGAAAGGCCGCGAAGUGUGGGGUAAUUCUCAGGCUCUAAUAAGUGCCGUCAGGCGACCACAACUUCAAGUCGGGCCAGGACCGGCG